AAAGCACAGACCGAACGGCUGACUGGUUACUGUCCUGUGAACCUCUUUCGAUUAUCGGAACGUCUGUCGUCGACGGCUCAGGAAGUGCGUGUGGUUCGCGUGUGAUCGACGUUCGUGGCUACCGGAAGCGACACAGUGGGUAGCGAUGCGCGAACAAUUGCAGUGUCGCCCAGCGCGGGACUCUCAAGACGCCGACUAGUGUUUUGUUUUGUUAAGCUUCUUGUAGUUUUCCUGCGUUUCGUGACCAGUUUGGCAUAGGUUUUCUCGAGCGAGCCAUCAACACGGUGCAAAAAAAGCGAUCAGUGUGUCUACACGUCAUCAAAAAUCCUCCCAAAAACAUUGCUCAGUCUGAGGCCGCUAAAGGAAGGAGGGUUUCCCGUCACCUUCCAGAGAGGAACGGUCGAGAGAAGGGCGUUGCAGCCGUAGCAAUAAUAUGGCCAUGCUACUGAAGCGUCCGAUUGGAACGCUAGUCAGCGGAUUUAGCAACGCAGCCAGCGGCAUCACCAGCAGCCGUGUGCCACUACUCAGUAACGGAUACACGUCCAACGGUACCCCCGUUGUUCCCUCCCCCGUAGCCAACACAACCAGCACGAUGCGCCAAACGCUGGCGAUUAGUUUGCUGUGCAUUCUGUGGUACAUCGUUUCGAGCAGCAAUAACGUGAUCGGCAAGAUGAUAUUGAGCGAGUUUCCGUACCCGAUGACGGUGACGAUGAUACAGCUUACCAGUAUUACCGUCUACAGUGGGCCGUUCUUCAAUUUAUGGGGCGUUCGCAAGUAUGUCGACAUCUCGUGGCGCUAUUAUCUGAAGUUUAUUGUGCCGCUAGCGCUAGGCAAGUUCUUGGCCUCGGUGACCUCGCACAUCUCCAUCUGGAAGGUGCCCAUUUCGUACGCCCACACCGUGAAAGCCACAAUGCCACUCUUCACCGUUAUCCUGACGCGCAUCAUUAUGCGUGAGCGACAAACGCACGCUGUCUACUUGUCGUUGGUGCCGAUUAUCGUCGGUGUUGGCAUCGCUACGCUAACUGAACUGUCGUUCGAUGUGAUCGGGUUGAUCAGUGCACUCAUCGCUACGAUGGGAUUCUCGCUGCAGAACAUCUUUUCCAAGAAGGUGCUGAAAGAGACGGGCGUCCACCAUCUUAGGCUGUUGCACAUUCUUGGACGAUUGGCUCUCUUUAUGUUUCUGCCCGUCUGGUGUUACGUCGACCUGCGGAACGUUAUGAAGCAUCCGGCCAUUACGACGGGUGACUAUCGCGUGAUCGCGCUUCUGUUCACAGACGGCGUACUCAACUGGCUGCAGAACAUACUGGCGUUCAGCUUCUUAUCGUUGGUAACGCCGCUUACAUAUGCGGUAGCGAGCGCCAGCAAACGAAUCUUCGUCAUUGCCAUCUCACUGUUCGUGCUGGGCAAUCCGGUCACCUGGGUGAACAUGUUUGGCAUGCUGGUGGCAAUCAUGGGCGUUUUGUGCUACAAUCGGGCCAAAUAUUUCGCCCGUCGCCAGGACACCCUCCUGCCUUAUGCCUCAUCGAAUACCGUUCGCUAUAAGCCGUUGGCCACAAAGGGGGGCGGUCCCGGUGCCUCUUCUGUUCCUGCUUCCCAGAGCAUCCUGCUAGCGAACGGGGGGCUGACAGCCGACGCGACGCUUAUGCCGAUGGCAAACAACACUGCAUAUCACGCUACCGCAACGCUUCCAACGACAAUGACUAUUGCCACGGCGGCGAAUGUUUUGACGGUGCCAACCGCUGCUGCGUCAGCUGCUGCCAGUGCCAACGGAAAACUGAUGUUAGUGUAGGUUUGCGUAAAUGGUGCUCAAUCGGACGACGAUCGAAUGAUGUCGAAUGAAGUCGAAUAUAUAUAUUUAUUUUCGGCCGUUUGCUACAUUUGGCACGCUAGCGUGUUCGUUUUCCCGUCAUUGUACAUAAAGUGCAGCCCAUUGUUUUGCAGCGGGUUUCGCAUGUCCUGAAACGAUCGAAAAGCAAACGUAGGCUGUCGUGAUAGGUAGUUAUUAAGAGUAGGGAACGGUGUAUGUGUGUGAAGCGGAAGAAACAUUAACUCACUAUGUAUUAUUUAAACGAAUUGUUAAUAGUCAAUUUUGUGUUGUUCAUUUUCUUAAAUGCAUUCCCACUUAUCCUUCCCAUUUCCAGAUGUUAGCAGUAUUGUUAUUUUUUCCCUAUUCUUGUGUUCCUAGUUCAUUCUCCAUGCCCUUAGUUUAUUUAUGAUGGAAAAUGUAAGGUUAAUGCGAAAGCGACACUGAAGUCGAGAAGUUCCGAUCCACUUUGAACACUCUCAUACUCUCAUGGUGUUCUGCAUGGUCCUUCCUUCUCCUGUUGUAGAUGUCGAAUGUUUUUAGUUAAUGUGUCACACCAUAUCACAUUAAGUUACAAUAUACCUGUGCUUACAUUCAAAUCAACAGUUCGUGUAACAACGGUCUCUCCAAAAACUCUCUGGUCUUAAAGUUUAGGAGGGGCUGGGGGGGGGGAACAAAUAGUCUGCUUUGCGGACUUUAUCUGUUCUGCCCUCGCGAGACGCUCAUCCCCAACACCGUCCGCAUUUCGGAAAUAAUAAUAAUAGUAAUAAUGACACAUACAUUUUGGUAUCCAUUCCUCAAUGGAGACAUAGGUUAUCCAAGGAUCGGACGGAAAGAAACUGACGAAGAGCAUUACCCUUUUACUUGCCUUACAUUGAAUUGCUUAGC